UUCCUUUAAUUUUCUCUUCAACCGCUUCACGCAUCUGUUCUGUUUUUGUGAUUCUGUCUGGUCAUGGCGGAGACUUCUGCGCUUCUCUUCUCUCACCUCACGAUCUCUCGCGUAUGGGACACCACCGCUCCUUCUUCUCGAUUUUCUCUUUUUCCUCGUGCUCCACCGUCUCGUUCGGCUAGAUUUGUAGCUAAGGCGUCGCAUUACGGUAGCAGCUUCUCCGAUGAUGAUGCUUUCUUCCCAUGGUCCGAUGGAAACAACGCCAUUGAAUGGGUUCCUGAAGAAAGAAUCACACUUUUCACCUCUGAUGGGCUAGUUCAGAUUGGUGGCAACAUGGUUCCUCGUCGCAUCAAAUCAUCUAACAAGAAAAAUGGCAAGUCCAAGAAACUCCCAAAGUUUCAGGAAAGUGCCUACAUGGAUCCUGCCCAAGGUCUAUGCCUUGGAGCUCUUUUCGACAUCGCAGCUACAAACGGACUUGAUAUGGGAAGAAGACUCUGUAUAUUUGGAUUCUGUCGUUCCGUGGAGAUGCUUAGUGAUGUUGUUGAAGACACUGUCUUAGAAUAUGGUGGAGAGGUUGUUGCUGCAGAGAAAGAGAGCAAAGGGGGUUUACAGGAGAAGUUAACAAUGUCAGUGGCGGUUCCAUACCUCUGGGGAGUUCCUCCCACUGCAGAAAGGCUUCACCGUGCGGUUCAAACAGGUGGAGGCAUCGUUGACAAAGUUUAUUGGCAAUGGGAUUUCUUGUGAAUAAGACACUUCUACAGUAAUGGUGCUCUAACUACACAAGUCUCAAGUGUUUUAUAAAUCAUUCAUUGUACAGAACCCUUUAUACACUUGGUAUAUAUUCCCUAAUUGUAUCCAGCAACAUAUUCGGUUUGGAUCUUUAUCUUCAUCAAUUGAAUAAAUGGUAGC